UCCAUGAGUCAGAGAGCCUGGGGCUCUGACCUGGUGUGCUUUGGGGUAGUAACCCCGCUGAGACUGAGCAGUGGGCAUCUGAUGGGAGUUUCAAGAGAUUAAACUCUCCAUGACUGCACAUAGACUGCAUGUAGGGGGUUCACCCAAAACUUCUCUAGUUAUUUUUUAGCUGAUUUAGGGACUGCCUGAAGCCACCUUGUGGCUUUCCUCUAAGUUUCAUGCAAAAGGCUAAGAAAAACAGCCUUGUUCUUACCUAUACUGAGUUUUUUUUCACUGCCCUACCUACAGAAGUUAUGUACCCUGUACUUUAUAACCCACUUAGCUUCUCUACAUGUGUUUUAGCUGCUGUAAAGAGAAUACAGAAGCCAGAAUACAGCCCAGAAUAAUCAGGAAGAAACAAGGGCCAGAUUCCACCCUAAGUCCCUGCAAGUAUAUACCGCUGUAACUGCUUAAAAUCAAUAAAAUUAGUCUGCACUUACAUAGUGUCAGAUUAAAAGCUAUGAAAUCAAAACCCCAUGAAAUCUAGUUUUGCAGUGUUCACAGCAAGUCGUAAAAUCCUCUGUGGUCACUUAGAAGUGGUUCUCUGUCUCAGGAAAAAAAAAUAGCAAAGCAGUAUUAAGUCUGACCCGACAGCCCUGCAAAGUUAGAUGCCAAUGCUUCCAUCUUAUUGAGAAGCCAGCAAACUCCUCUUUCCAGUGGUGCCAUGCUAUUAUUUCCUGAGUUCUGAGAUGCUUGCUUCUUGCCAGUUCAAGAUCACUUACUGAAUCCUAACCACUGUAGGUCCAAGAUAAGCUUUACUGGGGGAGAAAUUUAUCUGUGGAGAAAGAAAGAGAAGACAUUUCCUGAACCUAGCAUCUGUUGGCAUCUACAGAGCAGUUUGAUGCAUUAGAGCAACGCCCCGUGAAACAGUCCCUGAGCGCUUGCAUGUGCCGAGAGUCCCACUGGAAAUGCCUCCUCCUCUCCAUCCUCAUGUAUGGCUGCCUGGGUGCAGUGGCCUGGUGUCAGCUGGCCAGAGUCACCAAGCUCAGCUUCGAUAGCUCCUUCAAGGGCAAGUCUAUGAUCUACCACGACAGCCCGUGUUCGGACGGCUACGUUUACAUCCCACUGGCCUUCCUCUCCAUGCUCUAUGUGGUGUACCUGGUGGAGUGCUGGCACUGCCACGUCAAGAGGGAGCUGCAGUACAAGGCAGACGUGGACAGCGUGUACGAGUGCAUCAGCCGCAUGCAGCAGGCCACUCCGUGCAUCUGGUGGAAGGCCAUCAGCUACCACUUCGUGCGCAGGACCCGGCAGGUGACGCGCUACCGCAACGGCGACGCCUACACCACCACGCAGGUCUACCACGAGCGGGUCAACACCCACGUGGCUGAAGCCGAGUUUGACUACUCCCACUGCGGGUACAAGGACAUCUCCAAGGAGCUCCUGGGCUUGGAGAGCUAUACAGCCACCAAGCUGAGGUUCACCAAGUGCUUCAGCUUUGCCAACAUUGAGUCUGAGAACUCUUACCUGACUCAGAGAGCUCAUUUCUUCACGGAGAUCGAGGGGCUAGAUGACUACAUGGAGGUGAGGGAAGGCAUGCAGCUCAAAAACGUGGAUUUUAAAGAGCUCAUGAUGGCCUACGGAGACCCGGACCACCUGCCGUGGUACGUGUCCCAUUAUGCCUUCUGGGUGGCAGCCGUCCUGAUGGUCUCGUGGCCGCUCAGGGUGCUCAUAGAGUACCGGACUGCUUACGUGCACUACCACGUGGAGAAGCUGCUGGGGCUGGAGUACACGGCGCCCGCCGCGGCCGAGGAGCCCCUGUACCGGUACCGCAUGCCCCGGGACGCCACGCAGGACAGCACCGAGCUGGAGUGGCACAUCUGCACCAACCGGCAGCUGAUCCCCAGCUACUCGGAGGCCGUGCUCAUGGACCUGGCCGGCUCCCCGGCCUACAGCAGCUACGCCGCGUGUCGCUACGGCGACGCGGCCCACGGCUGCGAGCGCUGCCACCGGGCCUCCAGCACCUCCUCCAUCUUCUCGCGCCACGCUUUCCACAGCUGCAGCGGCAACUCGCGCCUCUCCCUCAACACCAGCCGCUUCUCGCUCUGCCGCGUCCACGGCUCGCACAGGACAGGCCUCUGGCGGAGCCGCAGCAGCAGCAUCGCCGAGCGGGGCUGCCAGGAUGAGCGGUGCUGCUCCUACUCCAGCCAGCUGGCUGUCAACGAGAGCCCCCCGACCUACCACGACGCGCGCUUCUUCCCCGUCCUCAUCGUGCACAGGCCGGAGGGGCAGGACAGGCGGCAUUUCUACGUCAGGCGCUCCUCCUGCCUGGAAACCUCCCUGUGACCCACCUCCGUGGGUG